GGAAUACAAUCUGGGCGCACCGAAAAGUCACUAAGCUUCCCCUAAAGCCUGACGAUAUUUGAGAUAAUAAUGAAAUUGGUCUUUUCUUGAUAUAUUACUUCAAUUCAGCUUGAACAUGGCACAACAAGAUCCUAAUCGUCCUCCUAAGGUCCCAGACGGCUGGUUGGCCAAGUAUGACGAACAGUAUAAAACUUUUUUCUAUGUUGAUCUAGCUACUAAAAAAUCUCAAUGGGAACCUCCAGCCGGUACCGUUUUCAAUGAUUCAGAAUCUUCCGAUGUUCCUCCUCCUCCUUACUCUCCUACAGGAAGAGACAGCGCCCCUCCAGCUUCUCAGCAACAGCAGCAGCCCCAGCAGCCCCAGCGUUAUCCUCCUCAGGGCACCGGUCAAUCCCAGCCUCCAAGAAAUAACUAUCCUCCCCAAGGUGGAUACGGAGGAUACCAACAAGGGUACGGUGCUCCCCAUCAAGGCUAUCCACCUCAAGGCUAUCCACCUCAAGGCUAUCCACCCCAAGGUUAUCCUCCCCAAGGUUAUGCUCAGCAACAGCCGCAAAAACAAUCUAGGUUCGGUGGUAUGAUGCCAGGUUUGGCCAUGGGGGCCGGAGCUGGUCUUCUUGGGGGUAUGGCCUUCAAUGCUUUUGAAGACCACGAACGUCAAGAAGAUUACUACGAUAAUGGUGGUUACGACGACUACGGUGGUGGCGAUGAUUUCGGUGGUGGUGACUUCGGUGGCGGUGACUUCUAACUCUGUAUCAACUAUGUUAUAUAUAUCGUAUAAAAGCAAGGUAUUAGUAUCGUUGUAGUCUACCUAAUUAUUGCAAAUUUGAUCAUUUUUUAUUUUUUGCAUCCGUACCUUCCAGAUAUCCGGUAACGGUGUCAG